AUGCCUGGGCCUCCGCCACUGACGCCUACCAACGUCAAACCACUCCAUCUCUACCGACAGCUCCUUCGUGAAGUUUCCUACCUGCCCCCGGCCUUUUCCGACUCUAUCCGAACUAUAAUAGCCCACCGAUUCCGCCUCGACAGAACGAAGAAGGACCUCAACGUUCCGGAGCGUCUCGCCCGCGGCAGGAACGUCUUGCGCCGGCUACGGGAAGCCAACCAUGGCGGCUCAGGCCCCAUGCUUGGACUGUUGCUGAGGGGAUUUGCUAGGUCAGGCGCAUCGCGGAUCAGCCUGCUCUCGAAGCUCUCGGCAAAAGACGCUCCCAGUGACUCCGAAGCUCUUGCGAAAGCUGUGGCUGAGCUCAAACCCACCGGCGAUGGUGUUGACUCUGCACCGUCGGUGACGAAGAUACCCAAGUAUGGCUGGAUGGACAAGCUGGAUAAAAAGAAGCUGUCUAGAUUCGCGACGUCCCAGAGACGCCAGCAGGAACGGAUUGGCCCCAGCACGCUUUCAGAUUUCGCCGGCGUAAAGGCACCUCAAGAAAAUCAAAAGGUGCCGAAAUUGAAUGUUUGGGGGAAACCUCCUUCGGAGUAUGUUGUGAGGGCCAACCAGGCCAAGGUCUGGAAGAAAACACUCGGCAUGAUACUGCCUCCUCUGUCAAAGCCGCAAUGGGAACUGCUCCGAGACUUAGCCAACGGUGCUCAGGAGACAGCUCAGUGGAAGGUACCUACCCGCAGGUCAAAGGCGAAGCCUCUGUCUGGUCCUACCGAAGACUCUGAAUGGGAUUGGAAAGCAUACGCCCUACAGCCGACUACUACAAUCGAAAACCGUUCCAGUCUCCGGGAGUCACGCUUCUCCAUCUCCCGAGACGAGGGAAAUCCCUUCACUCUCCGAAAGAGGGCUUCCGCAACCAGGUCAGAUCGAUGGUUCCGCCGCGCAUACGACACUAUAUGGAGAAAUAGCGCCAUCAUGGAGCAAGACCCCCAAACAUUGAACUACGAUAUCACCUGGGGAGGUGAGGCCAAUAAAUACCCCAAACCAACACAGCGUCAACUUCAAUUCCUUGAUUCGGCUACCCCCCCCGAGAAGAAGUCAGGAUCGCGAUAA